UGCAAGGCAGAUCCUAGGGGCAGGCAAGUGAGCCCAGGAGCUGUGAGGCCUGUCCUGCAGGGCUCGUGAGGGACCAGGCUUUCUGGUGACAGGGGAUAGGAGAGGCAUCGGGUCUGGUGCCUGAGGAAGUCAGGGGCAGCGGGAGAGAGGAGGUUCCCCAUCCUUGGGAAUGUGGGGAAUGUAUAGUCUCCACUGCUCUUUGCUCUCCAAAGUCUGACCAGUUAAUGAGUGAGCCCGAGCAGCAAGGGAUUGGCAGGGUCGCCGUUGUGGUUUCUGGCACAGCUACCUCUGCCCUGUGACAAAAACAUGAGCAUCCCCUGCCUGUGCUCCCUUGGGAGCCUUCCCAGCCAAGCAGGCAGCUCUUGUCCCUGGCAUGUUUGUCCAGGGGCAGGAUUCGGUGCCCCCCUCCUAGGAGCAUGGGGGGAUGUGAUAAACCCUAUCAGGGACCCUCCUGGGGUGGGCACAAUGCCCAGAGAGGGCAAUGGCAGGGCCUGGCGGAGGCUGUGCAGAUUUUAAGGGGCUCCUUGGGGCCUGAGGGUGAGGAAGGACUGGAGCUGGAGGAUGCUGUUGGUGGGGAUGCUCCAUGCACAUGAAGGAAGAGGUGUCUCUGCUGUGGUCCUGCCCAGUGUACCACAAGAGGCAGGGAUGGGUCCUGGGCACUUGGCACCAUAAGUGUUUGGUGUCCUGGCCAUGGGUGGCUGUCACCUGGCUGUUGUGGUGACAACCCAGUGUGGCACUUGCGUUCCUGACUGCAAGGGCAGGUUACUCACCAACUCGAGUUAAUGGCUAACCCUGGGGCAGCUCCUGCAGAAGGUGGAAGUUCAGCUAUGCAAGGGCUGCAAGGAGCCCUUGGGAGGGGGGUGGGUGGGUGUAGGAGCCUGCCCACCCCCUCUGCACCACAAACUGGGAGCGGUGUGUGGAGGCAGCAGCAUGAAUGGGGGCCACCACGGAACGCCUGGUGCCGGAAGCCCUGUGCUCGCAUCCUGUUCCCUGCAGAAGAUGCGCUCCUGGGUGCUGAGCUGUUGCUUAGCCCUUCAACACCUGGCCGUGCAGGCCUCCUUGCUCUGCAUCUUCCACCUCCUCCUGUUGCCUACCCUGCCCGAGGAGCCACCCCAUGCCACCAGCGAGCUGCUGGCACGCAGCCUCUUUGCCUGCGGCAUCUCCACGGUGCUGCAGACCACCCUGGGGAGCCGGCUGCCGCUAGUUCAAAUCCCAUCCUUUGAGUACCUGAUCCCUGCCAUGGUGCUGAGCUCCCACCUCUCCCUCGGUGCCAGCACAAGCAAGAACGGCACGGUCGUGGCCAGCGCAUGCCCUGCACCUCACUGUGCCAUCACAGGGAGCCAGGCUGCCUCGCUGCGAGAGGUCUCUGGAGCUGUGCUGGUCUCUGGGCUGGUUCAGCUGCUGCUGGGAGUGUCUGGCAUGUGCGGGUGGGCAGCCCGGCACUGCGGGCCCAUGGUCCUGGCCCCCAGCCUCUCCAUCAUCGGGCUCUCUGCAUACAAGGAGGCCGCUUUGUUCUGUUCCACUAACUGGGGGGUAGCACUGCUGCUCAUGCUCCUCACUGUCACCUUCUCCCAGCACCUGGGAUCCUGCCGCCUGCCCUUGUGUGCCUGGCCCCAGGCCCAGGGGGGCUUCACGGAGCCAUCAGUCCCCACCCUGCGCACGUUCUCGGUACUGCUCCCAUUUGCUGGUGUCUGCGUUGUUUGUGCCAUCCUCAGCCAUCUCCACAUCCCCUGGGAAUCGCUGGACCUGGCCAUGGCACAGCUGUCCUGGGCCAACAGCACCUUCCAUGCCCCUUGGCUCCGCAUCCCCUACGCAGGCGAGUGGGGGUGGCCGCUGCUCACCCCCCAGGCACUGGCAGCGGGCAUCGCCAUGGCCAUCGGUUGCAGCAUGAACUCAGUGGGCUGCUACGUGCUGUGUGGGAGGCUGCUACGAGCCCCCCGGCUGCCCCCCCAUGCCUGCAACCGGGGGCUCUGCGUGGAAGGGCUGGGCAGUCUCCUAGCAGGGCUGCUGGGUGCCCCGGGGGGCACGGCUGCCAGCAUCGCCAACACCUGCGCCACCGGCCUCACGCAGGCUGAUUCUCGCCCCUCGGUGCAAGUAAGUGCCCUGGCAUGCGUGGUGCUGGGCAUGUCCCCAAGGCUGGCAGGGCUCCUCACCCGCAUCCCACUGGCAGUUCACGGGGGGGUGCUCUGCGUCACCUACGCCGUGGCUGUGGGCACAGGGAUCUCCUACUUCCAGUACACAGACAUCGACUCGGGGAGGAACAUCUUCAUCGUUGGCUUUGCCAUGUUCAUGGCGCUGCUGGUGCCACGGUGGCUCAGCGCUGCUCCAGCUCACCUGGCCACAGGCUGGGUGCCCCUGGACCUCCUCUUCCUCUCCCUGCUCAUGGUGCCUGUCUUCUUAACUGGCUUCUUGUCAUUUUUCCUGGAGAACACAGUCUCAGGAACGCUGGAGGAGCGAGGGCUGCUCUCUGACCUGGCGUCGCAGAAAGCCGGGGCAGGCAAUCGCCACCCCCAUGGAGAGAGGGGCAAAGCCAGCCAGGCAUAUGGGCUCCCUGCUGGGCUGAGGAGGCUGCUGCCAUCCUCCUGCAAAGCCUUCCCCUGCUGCUUCCUCUGCCCAGGGAGUGAGGAAGAGGAGGAGGAGGAGGAGGAAGAGGAGGAGGGCAGCCAUGCCCAUGAGGAGGGGACUGCUGCACCAGGGGAAGGGACGCACCUACUCCCCAAACCCGUCUCGGGGGACCUGCAGCCAGCCAGGAGGCUGAGCGAGAUGGAGAUGCCCGCAUGGCACACAGUGGCCUGA